CAUAUAUAGCACUAUUACAUAUUGCAACACUAGCUAAUCCCACCUAAACGAGAUGACGAUUGCAAACUUUUCUGUUCUACUCUUGAUUUUAUUUAUUUCCCCCGUUGCUUUAGCACAGCUAAGAGUCGGGUUUUACAGUGAAUCGUGCUCUGAUGCAGAGACUAUCGUACAAAACCUGGUCCGCCAGCGGUUUGUUAAUGACCCUUCAAUCACGGCCGCUUUGACUCGGAUGCAUUUUCACGACUGUUUUGUUCAGGGCUGCGACGCUUCUCUCCUUAUAGACCCAGCGACGACUCAACCCUCACCGGAAAAAACCGCCGGCCCAAACGGCAGCGUUAGAGGGUUCGAACUGAUAGACGAGAUCAAGACGGCACUCGAAGCUAAAUGCCCCUCCAAGGUCUCGUGCUCCGACAUAAUCACGCUCGCCGCACGUGACUCCGUGCUCUUAGCUGGAGGACCGAACUACACGGUCCCCACAGGACGUCGUGAUGGCUUUGUAUCGAACCUUGAAGACGCACUGCGGAUCCUCCCUGGACCAGGCAUCUCUGUCGAAGGUAUGCUAGGGUUUUUCGCCAACAAAGGGAUGGACGUUACGGAUGCAGUGGCUCUUUUGGGUGCGCACACGGUUGGGGUCGCUUCUUGUGGUAACUUUGGGGACCGGAUCACCAACUUUCAAGGAACCGGACAGCCCGACCCGUCUAUGGAUCCGAGUUUGGUUACCAGCCUAAGGAACACAUGUGCGGCUCCAGGCGGGUUCGCGGCACUAGACCAGUCAACUCCAUCAGCACCGUUUUCAUUCGACAACUUGUUCUUUAGUCAGCUCAGACUGAGGAAAGGGAUUUUGUUUAUUGACCAGCGAAUCGCGACCGAUCCGGCCACUUCUGAUGUUGUGUCUCAGUUCGCCGCCAACAACGAACUAUUCAAACGUCAGUUUGCAAUCGCGAUGGUUAAGAUGGGAGCCGUUGACGUGCUUACUGGUUCCGCGGGUGAAGUCAGGAGGAAUUGUAGAGUAUUCAACUAAAGCUUUCAACUGUUUCUGAAUCUGAUUCUUGAUUGCUUUCUUUCAUUCUGCUUUCCUGUGAAUGGUGAUUGUUUGCUUAUAUUGAUAUGUAUAUCUUUAAAAUAAGGUUUGGUGAAUCGAUUUGACAACAACAAUAUGUUACGUUAGUACCAGAUUUGAGUGAAUUGUGUGAUGUAAGUUGAUCUGAGUCCAAACUACUAAUUCAAAGUUUCCUUUUUCAUGAUCAA